CUUACAACUCCCUUACCAUGGGUGAGCAGGGCAUCGUACCGCAUUACUACAUAAACUCUCCAUGCUGAUACUUCUUGACCUGCGUCGUCCUCCAGUCUCCAUCCAAUGAAGUACUCACUCAGCAUUAUUGAACAGUUUCAGUCGCAUUCAUCACACCUGCCCAACAAAAUGGUUCCGUCCAGCAUUCAUCCAGGUCCGGCAGUAUUCCAACCAAGGCCCGUUCGAGUUUCCCAACUACCAAACUACCGAAACCGCUCGCGCAAUAGGUCAAACUUUGGCCGAGCGGUCGGCACGGUACAGCUCGCCUGGCAAGCCGUUCGUGAUACGUUUUACGAUUUCGCGUCCAUGUCCAAAAUUCACGGCAUGUACUACCUGCAACGGCAGACUACGCGAGGGUUCGUGCGACUGCUGUGGGUUUGCAUCAUAGUGGCGUUCUUCGUGUUCGGCACGGUGCUGAUCUAUCUGCUGUGGCAAAAGUUUGUCGACUCGCCGACUCGCAUGACGAUCGCGUCGGAGAUGAAGAUCGUGCAGGUUCCCUUUCCCGGCAUAACGCUGUGCCAUCCGCAGAGCGUUGUGGACUAUAAAGCGGAACGGUUCGUCGAAAGGAUCAAACUUCCACUGGGCGCCACGAAAGCUUCGGUGCUCAAAUCGUUACCAUCGCUAGGCUACUUUACCGAGCACCAGUGGACCUUCCCGAGACCGCAGAAUUUGAGGAUGAUCGACCAGGUGCUGCAGCUUAACAACUACACCAUCGAACGGGCCAUCGACGAGCUGGGUAUGAUAUGCGAGGACUUCAUACUGGUGUGCUACUGGGCGGGCAAAAAGUUUCCCUGCUUUGCCAAGCACGCAUUUCUUGGGUGGAUUGGUUCCACCAGCCAUUACGGUGCCUGUUGCUCGUUCAACUAUCACCCAAGCGUGCGGGGCAGCAAGGAACCGUUCGUGGUCAACACGUACGGUAUGCACGGUGGGCUGAGCGUCAUCGGCACGGGAUACCCGCAGGCAUCGGACGGCAAAUCGGGAGCACUCUACUCGGAAGGAUUUAUGCUCAUGAUACAUCAUCCACACGAUUUCGCCGUCGAAGCUUCUCCGCUGACGCUGCUCCGGUUGCGUAAGGAAACGUUCGUUAACGUGCUGCCGACGGAUUCGCGCUGCUCGGAGCAGGUGCUAGCACUGCCCCAAAGCCAGCGGGAUUGCAUCGUGGGCAGUGACUUUAAUCCGCCAAUCGCAAACUAUCGGCAGCCGGCCUGCACGCUGGAAUGCUUGCGGAACGAGGUGCACCGGAAAUGUGGCUGCCAUCCGUUCCAUCUGCCGCAACAACCGAACCAACUGGGCCAACGGAUUAGGAACUGUACCGUGUACGAUUCGAUGUGUUUUGUGGAAAAUUAUUACAUGUUCAAGCGGUUAAAGUGCAACUGUUUGCCGUCCUGCAGUGAUGUCACGUACAAAACCACAUCGAUCGUGUCCGACUUUUCUGCCUACAAUCAUUCCAUCAAUCCAUUCUACAAGGAAACGAAUCUGACCGACUUUGAGUUUAUCUUCCACAUCUUCAUGAGCAAUCAGGUGGUGGCGGCCAACAGGCGCAUUGUCGUUGUGUCGUGGAUCUCGCUACUGUCGAACCUCGGUGGAGCUUUCAGUUUGUGUCUCGGCAUAAGUGUGCUCUCGCUGUUCGAAGUACUAUUUUUCGCCGUUUUUCGCCUACGGAAAAUGUACCACAAGCUAAAGCACCGUCAGGAGCAGCAGAUCAAGCUGGUGGCACCGUUCGCGCGAUUGCAAAAGUUUUAAUACGAUGUGAAAGAGCGGAGGGUGAAAAAAACGUUGACCUAUUUCGAAUGGCAAUUAAAAUAAAAUUACUUCAGACACUACAUGCGCUUUCUCGUAUGUUUUUGGUUUCGUCCUUUGGUAAAGGGUCUACAACAUUUCUCUAUUUUUUUUUUUCGUUCCACAGUUUUCUAAACAAUUCCCAAAUAACUUAUAGUAAUUUGAAAAGAAUAGAAUUGAAGAACACUAUUAAUAUUUAUUUCAUUAGGCAGAAAAUUCGUCGUAAUAAAAUAA